AUACUACCAACAUGCAACGUUCCAAAUGACGACACGAAAGUACGAAGGAUAGCGCGUGUGGAGUGGAGUUUUAUAUUUUGUAAAUCAAAACAAAUUAAAAACUUUUUGCAGAGGUAUUAUAUAUCGUUUAAUUUAAAUUGACCGCGAUUGUUUUUCAUACGAUUGUUUAUAAUUUUUAUAAGAGACAUAGACUUAUUAAUAUUAUUACUAAUUUAUAUCACGUAAAAAUUAUUUGAUUACGAAUACGUUAUUUGAGAAAAUUUAUGUAGUCGCCAUGUCACAUGGGGGCGGCCAGGAAUGUAUGUAAUAUUUCCAGCUGAUGAACUCAUCUUGAUGACAUACGGUGCCGCUAUACCACGUCACAAACCGCGACCAACUCUUGACUGCCUGCGCGAACCACAAGUGCCAAUUGGUUUUUGCUCCAAUACCAUAACCCCUGUUACCGCAACCAUAACCACAACCGACGACAACACUAACUACGACAAAACAAAUAUUGCUCUUGCAAUACCAGCAGAGACAACAGAAAGUAUAACUGCAAAUUGUGUGCAAACAAAUAUAACUGCAUAUGACAAUCUACAUCCAUUGUCAAGUUUCGAAAAAGCACAAAAUAUAACGCAAUCAUUACCGCCUACACCGACUCGUAUUACAGCACGUACCCACUUAACAAGAUCAACGCCAAAUUCAUUUAAACGAGAUAGUUUACAAAGUAUACGUGCACCUCAAGCGACACCAGCCGCACAGCCACAUCAACUCUCAUUACAAGGAAAUAAUAAGACAAAUUCAGUGCCGAACAAGUUGCCAAUGUAUAAUGAUACAAAUAUGAGCAAUACACCGGGGGAACAACAGCAGCAAACACAGACUAGAACGGGUACAAGGCGGCCUACGCUAACAAGAAGUUCAGCGAUACGUAGCGCCACACCAGUACGUGCCAACACACCACAACGUAGCUUUGACACUUAUUAUGCGAACGAUAACAGAAGUGAUAUGGGCGCCACUUAUAGUGGCGCACCCUCAGUCGAUUAUCCUACAGGUCUACUUAACACAGCUCGUGAGCGUAGCCCGAGUAUAUUUCUAGAACCACCAUCACCUGAUCCUACACAAUUGACUAUUGGUCCUGGUUGGGGACGUCCAAUGUCACCAAUGGAUUUGCCACCUCCACCUAAGUCACCACCCAAUAGCAGUAAGUCUCGUUUGAGACCAAAACUACAUAUACCACUUGGUCGGUUGGGUCGUUCAACUUCAACCGAACAACGUGAAUCGCAACGACUGAAGGAAGACUUACAGUUGCAUGUUGAAAACCCCAUCUUCAACAGCGAAAAUCUACGACAACGUAAUUUCGAUGCAUUUUUUGAAUCUGGAGAACCGGUAUAUAAAUUGCAACCGAAAGCGCCUAAUUCUGCACCAUCAGAAACAGCAUCGAUUUCAACGAACUAUUCACCGAUUUUAGGUAACCAUAGCUCGGCUAGCAGCAGUGGCGGACUCUUCGCACGUACACCGCGUGAAGAAAAGGCUUUAGCAGCGCGUUCGAAAAGCGCCGAAGUAUAUGAAACCCCACGAGAGGCGCGUGCGGCGUCCGUGGGUGGUGGUGUGCCCCAGAAAGGUGACAGUUUGGCAGCUUUACAAGAAGCAAAAGAAAAAAACAAAUUUUGCAUAACAAAGAGUAAAACAAAUCUAACAAUUCGUAAAAUAAUAGAAGUUCUCGGUUUGACAAUGCCACGUUACGUUACUGUUUAA